AUGUCGAUAUCACCAGCAUUAGCAUUACACUCGUUUUCAUCCCUUGAGAAAAAAUCGGGCAGCAGCACCACUACCAGCAAUAACAGCAGCAGCUCAAAAGCAUCUUCUAGUAAACAACCUAGCAUCCGCAGCAACGUGAGCACCAAUACGGGUGAUUCCAAUUCUAUCAAUGACUCUCUCAGCCCUGCUGGUACAUCGAGUACCUUUGCCGACGUACCUUCUCGCACGAGCGUUGUCAUCAACUACCAAAACGUAAACACUGAUCAACUUGCGAUUCUUGAUGAUCUCGGCUAUGUUGACGAUGACGACAAGGGGUUAUUGGAUUACGAAGCACAACACCGUAAACGACAUCACAUUAUUGAACAAAUCCAUCAAUCCGAAAAAGCGUAUUGUGAAGCAUUGGACCUUAUCAUGACACAAUUUUACAAGCCUCUUAUGGCUGGAGCCAAAAACAAUUCAUUUGAUCUGCUUGGUACACGAAAACCACCGUGCACUGAACGAGAGGCACAGUGCCUCUUUGGGAACAUGAAACAAAUACAAGUGUUGCAGCAUCAAUUCUUGACCAGUUUAGAGGAUCGGCUUCGGAUAUGGGGCCCCACUCAGAUCUUGACCGACAUUUUCCAAACUUGGCACCAAUCGAUACAAGUAUAUGUGUCGUAUUUUGAAAACUAUAGGUUGGCUAUUGCCACCCAUGAGCAGUUACAAAAAUACCAGCCAUUUAAAAAGUUUAUUGAGAAUGCACAGAAUGAGCUUACAGGGGUGCAUCAAGGAAAAACACUCUUAUCCUUGCUCCAAGUACCUGCAGGAUGUCCUAGCCGAUAUACACAGCUUGUUUCCAAAUUAUACGAAGCGACACCACCUUUGCAUCCAGACUAUACCAACCUAAGAUCAUGUCGAAGGCAGUUUAUCAGCACGACUGAAAAACUUAAACCAACGUUACAAUCAAUGGAUAACAUGGACCAAGUGGUACUUGUGCAUCAAGCAUUGACGGGUGCACCGUUUACUAUCAAAGCCCAUCGUCGCUUCAUUUUGCAUCAACCACCUACGCGUUUAGAGCCACGCACGAUUAUUUUAUUCAGCGACAUGAUCGUCCUUGCAAGACCUUCUACCAAUACGUUGACAAGAAAACAAUCCAACAAGUCGACCUUGCAAUACAAGAACCAUAUCGAUUUAGAUCACAUUGCACGUAUUGUUGUAUUACCCGGGGAUGGGGAACCUGCUGGUGCUAUCCAGAUCACCGUUUUUGAUCAUGAUACGGACAUUGCACCCACGAUCCAUGUGCUACGCACACCACAACCACACGACUGGGUCAAAGUGAUUACCAAGGCAAUGGAGAAACGAGCUCAUCUUCGGCAACAGAAUAAUCGUAAGGAACAACAUCCCUUGCCCGUCACUUCCUUCAUGACUCCUAUCCAAUUAUGGCGGUAG